AUGGCGGCCAAGAAGCCCAACAUCCUCUACAUUAUGGCGGACCAGAUGGCCGCUCCCCUUCUGGCCUUCCAUGACAAAAACUCUCCUAUUAAGACUCCCAAUUUGGACCGCCUGGCUCGGGAAGGCGUGGUGUUUGAUUCCGCAUACUGCAACUCCCCGCUGUGUGCUCCCUCGCGCUUCGUCAUGGUGACCGGUCAGCUCCCGUCCAAGAUUGGCGCCUACGACAACGCGUCAGACUUGCCCGCCGACAUCCCCACAUAUGCCCAUUAUUUGCGCCGCGAAGGCUAUCAUACCGCUCUGGCUGGUAAAAUGCACUUUUGUGGACCGGAUCAGCUGCAUGGCUAUGAGCAGCGACUGACCAGCGACAUCUACCCCGGGGACUAUGGUUGGUCCGUCAAUUGGGACGAGCCGGAUAUCCGUCCGGACUGGUAUCACAAUAUGUCGUCUGUGAUGGAGGCAGGUCCCGUUGUGCGCACCAACCAGCUCGACUAUGACGAAGAAGUCAUCUACAAGUCUACGCAGUAUCUGUAUGAUCAUGUCCGCCACCGUACCGACCAGCCCUUCUGCUUGACGGUCUCCAUGACCCAUCCGCAUGACCCUUACGCGAUGACCAAGGAAUUCUGGGAUAUGUACGAAGAUGUCGACAUUCCGUUGCCCAAGACUCCUGCGAUUCCCCAGGACCAGCAAGAUCCCCACUCGCAGCGGGUCCUCAAGUGCAUUGACUUGUGGGGCAAGGAGAUACCCGAGGAGCGCAUCAAGGCUGCGCGCCGCGCCUACUACGCCGCCUGCACCUACGUCGACACCAAUGUCGGGAAGCUGCUGAAGGUGUUGGAGAACUGCGGUCUGCGCGACGACACCAUUGUCGUCUUCACCGGAGAUCAUGGCGACAUGCUGGGUGAGCGAGGCUUGUGGUACAAGAUGGUCUGGUACGAGAACUCGGCGCGUGUGCCCAUGAUCGUGCAUGCCCCCAACCGCUUUGCUCCUAAGCGCGUUUCGGAGAACGUCUCGACUAUGGAUCUGUUGCCUACCUUUGCCGCAAUGGGUGGAGCCCCGCUGGUCAAGGAGCUUCCGCUGGACGGUGUGUCGCUGAUGCCGUAUCUCACUGGCGAGGAGGGUGUCAAGACCGACACGGUGCUGGGCGAGUACAUGGCCGAGGGCACUCAGUCUCCCACGGUGAUGAUCCGUCGCGGCCGGUGGAAGUUUGUCUAUUCGCUGAUCGAUCCCCCCAUGCUUUAUGACCUCGAGAACGACCCCGAGGAACGGGUGAACUUGGUCGCGGGACUUGCGGAACCGUCGCAAUCCUUUGCCGUCAAGAGUGCCGUGCCUGAUCAGGUCAAGUCUACAGCGCUACCUACCCCGGCUGACACACCGUCGGGGACUCCUCGUGUGUCGCCAGUACCCCAGCGCGCCAAUUCCUCCUUCCCGUUCCCGACUCCUCCACGCACCCCCAGUCCCGCCAAGUUUCCCGCUGGGCUGCCUGCGACCACGGAUCCGGCCACGCUGUUGGCGCACUUCACCGAGGAAGUGCACGCCCGCUGGGAUCUGAAGGCGAUCCGGGAGGACGUGCUGCGGUCGCAGCGCCGGCGUCGUCUGGUGUACUCGGCUCUGAUCCAGGGCACUCCAACCGUCUGGGACUAUGAGCCUCGCAUUGACCCUAGCACGCAGUAUGUGCGUAACCAGGGCAAGGGGGCUUUGGACGAUGUCGAGUUUAUCUCGCGCUGGCCUCGUGUGUUGCAGCAGGCCGCCAACGCCAUGGGUGCCAGGGUCUAA